UCUGACAACACUAAAUCCGACAGCGGUGGGUGCACUCAUGUCGAAGGCCGCUAUCCAAAACUAAAUCAUUUUGAUUUCGUCGCUGGGACAGUUGUUACGGGUCGUUAUAAAACUUGCAUAUUACCUGCAUUAGGUACAUUCGUUAUUUACAUCAUAUCAUCCGCCUGUACCGGUUGUUAAUAACUUCCAAACUCGUACUGUUUGCGGUACUCGACACCCAAACAAUACUUCGUUAAGAGUGAGCAAAAGAAGGAAACAAGUUUAACAAUGAGUCAAAACAACGUCUACAACAACAAAGUUGAGGAGGAGUACAUGGAGAUCGUAUCUAAGAAUGCUUGGGCAUUGGUCUAUCAGAAAAUUGGCUUGCAAUGCCAACAGUACCAGCACUCGUGGAACGAAGCCAAGAAGCCGCAGAACAAGCCACUGAACCGCUACCGUGACGUCAACCCCUUCGACCACACCAGGGUUGUGCUGAAGCGAUGUGAGAGGGACUACAUCAACGCUAACUAUGUAACGCUGGACCGUGCCAACCGCCGUUACAUUCUAACCCAAGGUCCAUUGGCAUUCACCGUGGGCCACUUUUGGUUAAUGAUCUGGGAACAGAAUACAAAAGCUAUAUUAAUGCUAAACAAAGUGAUAGAGAAAAACGAAAUAAAAUGCCAUUGGUACUGGCCCCAAGAUAUCGGUGAAGCCCAUAAAAUGACCUUCAAUGAUGUCAAGUUAGCAGUUGUACUUGAAAAAGAGGAGGAUUGCUGCUACUACUCUACUAGGCUUUUCAAGCUUUACGAUCUAGAAAGCGGUGAGAGCCGCGAUAUCUUGCAGUUCCAUUACACCACCUGGCCCGAUUUCGGGGUGCCCACAUCACCAAACGCGUUCCUCCAAUUCCUGAAGAGGGUUCGCGAGUCUGGCGUGCUGGAUCCCACCGACGGGCCUCCAGUUAUCCAUUGCAGUGCAGGGAUUGGGAGAUCGGGCACAUUCUGCUUAGUCGACUGCUGUCUCGUCAUCGCCGAGAAAGAGGGGAUACAGAACCUGAACAUCCAGGAGACGCUUCUGGAGAUGCGCCAUCAUCGUAUGGGACUGAUCCAGACUCCUGACCAGCUGAGAUUCUGCUACCAAGCCGUCAUUGAGGGGACGAAGCGUUUGGACCCCAACUACGACGAAGACGAGCUGGAGGAAAGCAUCUACGUCAUGGUUGGUGAAGAGGAAGCCCCACCCCCGCCGCCUCCUCGCGCCGAGAGCCUCACCCGGGCUCCUGCAAGGCCACUACCGGCCAUACCUACCAGCGAGUCCCUUGGCAACCUGAAUCUGUCGGCACCUCAAGAUUCUAGUUCGGAUGACGAGGACCCGCCCACGCCUUCGACCCAAACCUACACCGGGUCACAGUUAUCAUCAGCUAAUCAUAGCAACUUGAAUCUAACGCAACAAGACUCCAGUUCUGACGAGGAUCCCCCGACGCCACCUUCCCGCACCUACAGCAGUUCAGCAUCAUCAGCUGAUGAUGAAGACGACGAGCCAUUCUUCAGCGUCGCCGAAAGCCACGGCAGCGAGACCACUGAGCUUCGUCGUCGCCGAACCCGCGAGCUGGCUGACCGCGUCUCUGCUAUGAAGAGGAAAGCAAGAGAGGCGGAGCGAUGGCAUGCUCUCAAGAGGUCCUUCUACAAACCAUUAACUAUCACCUUCGGAUUCAUACUAGCCGGGAUUAUUAUUUACACCUACGUUAAACAUUAAGUUGAAGGUCCCCGUUUGGGCUUUUCUUGAACCACCUUAUUAUAAAAAAGUAAAAAAAAGUACCGGUUUUACUACUAGGUACGCAAAUAGCGGUGACGUUCUAAGUGUUUGAAGGCCUAAUUGUUUAAACCCGGUACUUUUUAAGACCACGUUUUAUAACAAGGUGGCCCAAGUCUACCUUCAUAUUCACACUAGCCGGAAUUAUUAUUUACACGUUAAACUAAGUUUUAAACAUAAAUCGACGUUUGAAGUCUAAGACACAAAUGUGUUCCAAUAUUUAAUUUAAAAGUUUACCCGGGUCUUUGGUUCUGAACAGUAUUUUUUAUUAAAUUGGUGUUCAAUACAUAUCAUCAACUAACAGCUAAUUGAAACUCCUUACCGUAAUUAUUUGUAUUUUAUUUGAACAUAAAUAACAUGUAUAAAGUCGUGUACUAACAAAUUCGAAGGAGCUCUUGUUAUUCAAAAAAAACCGAUUCUAAUUUAUGAAAUCACUUUUAUCAAUAAUAUUCAUCUUUUGAAUUAAUUUAUAUUUAUAAUAACAUGAGAAUUUUGCGAACUUUUUGUAACAUAUUCAUCAGUUUACAAAAUAUUUAUUCAGUACAUCAAACGUACGUUUAAUCUCAUGUUAGUCUAAAAUAUAAUUACUAACAACACAAGGGCUCCUUUGAUUCAGGCUCACUGCCUAAAAUCGCAUCAAUCGUCAAUUGCCGACAGCGUGCGGUCUUGGACAGUGACCUUUAAUUCGUAAUAUAUCAACAAACAUACAUACAUACAUAAUACUCAAUAAUGUCACCGAAAACCUAAUGUAAUCUUAGUUGGUGUCAAUUUCUCUUCUUAUACCAAAAUAUCGAUAAACAGUGGCUCGUAUAUCGAUCUUUUGUAAUCGAUAUUUUGGUGCGAUAUGUUAGAUAUACGGUUCCUAUAUCCCUUUGAGUAUACGAAAAUUUCGGUACACACGAUUCUGUUAAUAUAAGCGGCAAAAGCCCCAUUUUAUGUAUAUAUUUAUAAUGUGCACGUACUUCGUCCAUCUAUCCUACGGUCAUAGCACACUACACUUUAAUAAAUGUUAAAAAUAUAAUCGAAAACAUAAAAAAAAUAUUCAAUAAUUAUUAUAUUAAGUGUACAUGUUACAGCCAAAGUAAUAAAUCUAGAUAUUAUCUAGCCAUUAUUCAUAAUGUCUACUCAAUUUAGAUAAAGUGAUAAUUGACACAGAAUUAAUCACAUUAACUAGCAAUUUUAUGUAAUAUCCUGACUUGACUUUGACUAGCUAUUAUGAAUAAUAUCCAAAUAAAGUGAUUAAUCUAUCACAUUGUCUAGUCAAUUUGGGUAUUAUAUAUAAUAACCAGUCAUUAUGAAUAAUAUCUGUUUUAGCAGUAUGGCUGUAACAUAUACAUAAUACUUUAUUUCGGAAAUGGAUGUCAAUUUUCUCACGUGUUAUAAUAAGGCACUUUAUUUUGUUAUACUGUUGUCUGAAAUUUCCCUCUUCAUUUUUGACGAUUGAGUUUUUGUAAGUUUACAAACAAAUUAAUGAGCUUAUUCUCAAUUUAGAGAUUUCCUAGGAAUUAUGGAUAGAUCGCGAUAAUAUUUCUACUUUAUAUUAUGUCCGGGAGAUAAAGGAACGGGGGCUGAUUUCAUCACAACGCUUCAAAUAUUCCAGAUGUAUAUAUUUCAGUGCUUGACAGUCUGUUUUCAGACGAGAGACAUAUAGCCUGAGUUUUUCAAAUAGUUUCUUAUAAUAAUUCGUAUAAGUUUAGUCAUCGGUCCCCGCACUGCGCAGGAGUCGUGAACCUGCAGUGUUGCCAACACGCAAACAUUUAUGUUCAGCUUUACUAUCAUUCAUAUUUUUAUUUACUUUAUUUUCAGUACACUUCAGUACACUUCUGUAUUAUUUUAAAUUUUACAUCAAUUCUAUUUAGGUGUAUUUUAAAAUCAAGUGAGGAAUAUAUUUUUAUGAAUUAAUUAGGAUGAUAUUUUUUUCACCGACUGAACAUGAGAUAAUUGGUGUGCAAUUAGUACCGCGUUUGAUUGGUUCGAUUGUAGAUUACUCCACGACCAGUUUUGAUGACGUGGCGUAAUAUAAAAAACAUUAUUUAUUAUUAUACGGAUCGUAAAGAUUUCAGCUUUGUAAAUGCUCGUACAGUGGAUAGGCAAGACCGCGAUUAAGGCGUUAAUACUAUUUAAAGUGUCGAACGUCUAAAGAUGCCUUUUGUUAGUUCAAAUCUGUCCGCAAACCUGGUGGUAAGGUAGGAUUAAUUGCGUUCGACGCGGAACAUUCUCGAAGGGAAGUGGGGGAAAAGGAAAGGUGCUAGAAUUAAAAAAAAACACACCCAACACAAGACUGUUUACGCCUCGACUUUAGUUUUAGAUUGGGGUACAAAGUCAAAAUUUUGUAAUUCGGUUUGUUCCUUUCAGGUUUAAAACGGAGGACGAUAAGAAAGAAAAUUGCGAGGAGACUGAGGAAAUUAGGUAAAAUUAAAGAUAAAGUUUUUUCUUAAAGUAAUUAUUAGCCGGAUAUGUGAUGCGCGGUACGUAGGGAAUGAAAAAAACGUCCGGUUGCGUUCAAUAUUUGUUCUCUUAUAAAAUUCGUUAUAACCGCCCGAAUAAUGGCCAAAUUCAAAAUUUUGUCACGCUCUCAUGUUGUGGUAUUUUUUUAAAUUAAUAAUUUCAAUCGGGAGGUUUAUUGGAAAUUUAUUUUUCUGCAUUUCUUAACAGUUUUCUUUGUACAGUUUUUUUAUUAUUAUUGUUGCAUUCGAUCAUUGUGUUCUCAUUGCUUUAGGCAGCUCUCGAUAAAACAAAAUUAUUCACCAAAAUAGCUUUCAGUUGAUUUGAUUUUUCUUAAGUAUCUGAAAUCACUAAUAUCGCACGGGCGUUUAAAGUCGACUGUUUCAUUUCAAAUAGGCCUAUAUCUAUAUAACCUCUUUGGAAACUUUAAUGAAUUGAAGAGAAACUUGUAGAAAACACACAAGUUUCGAAAUUGAGUUAGUUUGAUGAAUAACGCCCGUGUAAGUUCGUAGUAACUUUAUCUACACACCUAUUCCAUUGUAUUAGUCCAUCAUUUUUAUUUCAAACUGUAAAUACAUCAAAACACUAGUUUUAAGUCUACGAAUAUUUAAAUAGAUUAGAAUAAAAAUGCUUAAUAAUUAACUAAUGUAAUUAUACCUUUAUUGGGGAAGAAUUAUUUCGUGAAAAAGCAUAUUCUUAAUAUAAUUUUUAGUAAGGUGUUUGAAUGUUAGGAUCCCCGUUGUCCAUUUGUCUGAGAAAUCGUUUAGCCUUUUGAGCAAUAUGUUCAUAAUAGUAUAUGACAGUUAUUAAACGAAUCUGUUGAUUUAUUUGGACACCACGUUCACAAGUCAAUUUCUUUAAGAACGCGGGGUCGGUCUUUCUUUAUUAACUGUGCUUGUAACAAAACUAAGGCACAUAUUCUGUUACAUUAGUCCAAAAAAAAAAACACUCAGAAAAUUGAUAAAAUAUCGAUUAUUUAAAUGAGUAAUCCAGCUUGUUCCCCAAUGGAGGUAGAACCAUAAAGUCUGUACUACACUUCAUUUGAGUAGCAAAAAAGGUUAACUAUCUUGAUAUGACUUUUUACACUAUCAUAUAUUAUAUUAAACAAAUAAACAAUGUACUGCUACUGUAAAAAUAACGAUUCAAUUGACUUAGUUACUCCAACUGAGUUUAUAUAUAAAAAGUCAUGUCAAGAUUGUUCAUCUUUCACGCGUCACGACUCAUGUGGCGCCCUCUAUAACGACCCCAUAUUGGAAUUACUUGUAUUAAGCAUAUUUAUGCAGUAUUAUUUGCAAGUUGUAAACAAACUAUCUUGUUCAAGGUAACGAAAGUACCUGAAUCAAGAAGUUCUUAUUUGUCAUCUGAAAGGUACUUUUUGAAUUCUUGCAGCCGACUGCAAUUGUCGAACAUCUGACAGCGACUACACGUACUGUUGUUGCUGUUAUCCAAAACGGUUUCAUGUAAAUACUCACAAACCAGUAGUGCAGCUGGGGCCGACAAGAAUUCAAAACCUACCUUAACCACGAACAUGUUUUUAAGUUAAGAAUUCAUGUCUGAUUUCAGAAAUAUAAUUCAUGUAAUAAAUGUUGUGAGUAGAAAGUUAAUGUUCUUGUAGGUUCUGACUUACAGUAGUACAUUUUAUCGAAUUUUCGUGGAUUAAAUAUUACUCGUAACACCUAUUCUACAACAGUAUUUACUUUUGCAACCUAUUACUGAACCACUUCGGAACAAAUCGCACUUUACAAUAAAUUGAAAUGAAAUAAACUGAAAACUGGCUGACUACUAUUUCUAUUGCACUACACCUACACUCUAGGAAUAAUAACAUGUUUCCACAAUUGAACAGAACUACCAGCGUAUAUUGGUAAAACCCAUAACUUCUAAUAUCAUCAUGUGCAUCUACUCGGUGCAAUAGCUUACCUGCGACUCGCGCAUUUACCAAAGCAAAAUGCCCAUCCAAGUGCCCUUGACACUUGCGCAUGUUAACUUGCUCCAGCUACAUACACCGUGUAGACGCACCCUAAAUUGAAACAUUGAAUAGAGUCGAAAGUGGAAGGUAGGAGGUUCUAUAGGAGAUCUGGGUCGUUCGUUUCGCUUUGAACAAGUUUUAGGGAUCCGAUUAACCUCGUUGUCUUUUGACGUCUUACAGGCCCUGUUGUUGGACUUGUUUCUGCUUUUCAACAGUUUCCACCGCGUUGACAGUUUUCAUUAAAUAUCUAUAGACUAAAGUGUUUUCAGGUGUUUCUUAUGCUUCAAGUAAUAACUGCAUUUACAUUUAUUGAAUAGAAAUUGGUGUUAGGUCUUGGCACACUGAGAUAGAGACAAAGCGACGCGUCGCCGCGACUUCAUCUCAGUGUGUCAGUGUCCUUAUUUUUAAGUAUCAGGAAAAUCCUUUUUAUUUGAUUGGUACCUAUUAUUAAUCACACAGACAUCUACACACCAAUUUAGUUUGGUUCUUUCCACAAAUGUUUACUCAGGGCAUUUACAUAUAUCUUGAUAAAACUGCGAUGUAUUUAUAAUGUAUUCGUCGCCAGGUUACCUCACCUGCAGUUCAUGUACCUAUGUUCUAAGUUAAUGGAUUAAACGUUUCUAAAAAUCUCGA